CGGACGUUGGCGGCGUCACUUUGCAGCACGGUCAAGAUGGCUGAUGUCACAGCAGCGGACGGAGAGAAACUCAGCAAAAAGUCUGGUCAUUGAAUGGUGUAGGUCAGUAGAUCAGCCUGCUUCGGCAUGCUGACAGUGGUCAGGGCUGCCAGGCAGCAGUUGUGCCAAGCCCUCAGGGUCAGGGCACAGGGGAUAAAGUUGGCUCUCCCCAGUUCAGCAACAGUCCCAACUUUAAUUCAGGGGAAUCGCUGGCGAGGUGACAAAAGUGAGCUAAAGAGGCGGAUGAAAGCUGACAAGAAGGCAGCUGAGAAAGCUGACAAAGUCAAGGAACAGCAGGAGCAGACUAAAGAUACCAAUGACACAGCAGAUCAAAAUGCCUUUGGGGCAGAUGAAGAGACCCUUGACCCUAACCAAUACUACAAGAUCCGCACCCAAGCCAUCCAAGCUCUUAAGGGCACAGCAGAGGACCCGUACCCACACAAGUUCCAGGUAGAUCUGUCGCUCACAGAGUUUAUCGCGAAAUACAACCAUCUACAGCCAGGAGACCAGCUAACAAAUGUGGUUCUCAGUCUGUCAGGCCGUGUCCAUGCCAAGAGAGAGUCGGGGGCCAAGUUACUGUUUUACGACCUGAGAGGGGAAGGCGUCAAGCUUCAAGUCAUGGCAAACAACAGGAACUAUAAAUCAGAGGAGGAGUUUGUGCGAAUCAACAACAAGCUGCGUCGUGGUGACAUCAUUGGAGUCCGUGGGAACCCCGGAAAGACUAAAAAGGGGGAGCUGAGCAUCAUUCCCAUAGAGAUGACCCUGCUGUCACCUUGUUUGCACAUGCUGCCCCAUCUGCACUUUGGACUCAAAGAUAAGGAAACCAGGUUCCGUCAGCGUUACCUAGAUCUGAUUCUCAAUGACUCUGUGAGGCAGAAGUUUAUAACACGCUCCAAGAUCAUCUCCUACCUUCGAAGCUUCCUGGACCAGCUGGGGUUCCUAGAGAUUGAGACACCCAUGAUGAACCUGAUCCCAGGUGGUGCCGUGGCCCGUCCUUUUGUCACCUAUCACAACGAACUGGACAUGAACCUCUACAUGAGGAUUGCUCCUGAGCUCUACCACAAGAUGCUUGUGGUCGGUGGGAUUGACCGAGUUUAUGAAGUGGGUCGUCAGUUCAGAAAUGAGGGGAUUGACCUCACGCAUAACCCUGAGUUCACCACUUGUGAAUUCUAUAUGGCUUAUGCAGAUUACCACGACUUGAUGGAUAUUACAGAAAAUCUUCUUUCAGGUAUGGUGAAGCACAUCACUGGAGGGUACAAGGUGACCUACCAUCCAGAGGGUCCAGAGGGAGAGGCCCAGGAGAUUGACUUUACUCCUCCCUUCAGGAGAGUCAGUAUGACCAAAGACCUGGAGAAGGAGAUGGGUGUGAAGUUCCCUGCCCCAGACACCUAUGACAGCAAUGAGACCCGGAAGUUCUUCGAUGAGCUGUGUGCUCAGAAAGGAGUGGAGUGUCCACCACCCAGAACCACCGCUCGCCUCCUGGACAAGCUGGUGGGAGACUUCCUGGAAGUGACAUGCAUCAACCCCACAUUCAUCUGUGACCACCCCCAGAUCAUGAGCCCUUUGGCCAAAUGGCACAGGUCAGAGAAGGGCCUGACAGAGCGCUUUGAGCUCUUUGUGAUGAAGAAAGAGAUCUGCAAUGCCUACACUGAGCUGAACGACCCCAUCCGCCAGAGGGAGCUCUUUGAGCAACAGGGCAAGGCUAAGGCAGAAGGAGAUGUUGAGGCCAUGUUCAUCGAUGAGAAUUUCUGCACAGCUCUGGAAUAUGGUCUCCCUCCCACCGCUGGCUGGGGAAUGGGCAUCGAUCGCCUUACCAUGUUCCUCACUGACUCCAACAAUAUCAAGGAGGUGCUGCUGUUCCCUGCCAUGAAGCCUGAUGACAACAAGACCGCCCCACCCACUGAGGGCACCUCUGUCUGACAACGUGCCCUCAGGUGAACACUCCAGUUUGCCUUCAGUCAGGCCAGGGACAGGUUUCAGAUUAGUAGUUAAUGUGGAGUAAUCUGUUUCCCAUUUUUACUGUCUGUUUUGAACCUGUGCAGUUUUGCAUCUUAAGGGAAUAAAGUAACUUUUUAAAGCUUUUCUUGUCAGAAUUACAUAUUGAGUUCCAUGCAUAACUGUCUGGUGUUGAUUUCUCCCCCCAGUCAUCUGUUUUAAGUGUUUGAGCAUGUGAAAACCCAAUAAAAUGCCAUUAACUGUGGCCAAUCAACUUGU